AUGAUCAACACAUCCAUAACAUCAUUAGCAUUAACCUCGAUUUCCAGAUCUCCAUUCUUUUUUCAGUCAAAAUCCGCACAGAUUCAGUGUUUUUCACUUCAUAAUUCAAAGUUAACAAGAUUUUAUAAUUCAUUUCUCAGAUCUGAGCAAAUUUCCGCAACACUAACUAAAUCAUCAUUUCAAAAAUUCCUCAACCCACCUCUUCAUAUCAACUCUGUUCGCGUUUCUCAAAAGAUUUUUACAACAUUUCAAGAUUUUAACGAUGAUACUAAGAUGAACAUUGUUUCAUGCGUUUUUUCUGAUUGUAAGAACGAAGAAGAUGGGUAUGGAGGUGCAGUUUAUUUCAAUUCCACUUCCGGAAAAAUUACUUUCACAAAAUGCGGAUUUAACAACUGCUACGCAAAGAUUAACUCAGGUGCUUUUUAUAUUUUCUCGAAAUCUUACUCAAUUAAGUCUACUUGUGUACAAAAAUCUUAUGCUGGAGUUAGCGCAAUGGCAUUCACCAUUGAAAGCGAGCAUUCAAAUAACGAUGAUCCAUCGGGAAAGAAUCCUCGAUAUUUGACUUACAGUACAUUUUAUAAUAUUGGACCGUCAAAUCUCGGAAAUGAGCAAUCAUUAUACGUAUUUUCAGAUACCAUGUCCUUUAUGGAAAACUGUAAUUUUAGCCAAUCUAAGCUAAUUUCAGCAGAUGGAACACUAGGUUGCGAAGAUAUGCUUAUCUUGGAUAUAGAGUAUUGUAGCUUUGAAAAUAAUAGUGGACCUGGACUGAUAUCCCUAUUUCAGGUCGAAACACAAACAGAUAUCUCUUUUUGCAACAUAAUAAAUAAUGAUGCAACAGAAAAAGGUACUUUGGUAUCAUUUAUCGGCUGUACAACACUAGUUAUUAACCAUACUGCUCUUUCUGGCAACAAAUUUGGAAAUUUCAUAAAUUCAGAUGAUACAGAUAAAAUUGUUUUCUUAGAUUGCCAUUUAGACAUUGCAAAGAAAGAGAUCAAACGAAAUGCAUCAGCUGUAUUCUUCAAAGGAUGCAAUUUCAGAAUGGAUAAAGUAAAUACUCUGCAAAUUAGCGCUGCAGACAUUUCUCAAUGCUACUACAUGCUGAGGACACAAACGUUCUCCCCGUCUAUGCCAUUCUCGCCAACUGCUUCUCUUCCUCCGCCUUCAAGAUCUCUUUCGCCGUCGGCGCCUUUCACACCAUCAAGAGAGUGGUAUCCGAAAUCGUUGUCGAUCCAGAAAUAUGUCCUAUUAGUGUUGAUUAUCAUAUCUUUACCUGCAAUUUUGAUUUUUGCAAAAUUAACUACAAAAGGAUUUGGAAGAAAGCCAAUAGCUGCUCUCAAAUAA